UUCUCUGAGGCCCAGCAGAGACACAUUUUCUGCGGAGGUCUUCUGAGCUGCAGGCCUCACUGAAGAGAAUGUGCAGCUUCUCAAGCAGGAAGACGUUUUGUGGCUGAGUCUAAAUGAAACAGAAGUUGCUUUGUGCACACACACACACACACACACACACCCCGGAGUAGGGAAACCGUCAUUUUCCUACUCGCCCUCUGACAUCAACCACCUUCUCUGUAGCUACAGUCUCUCUGCACUCAAAUUCAUCCCUGGCAAUGAAAAAUGAGCCUCUCCCCUACCCUUGCUGCCGCCUUUCGCCUCACGCCCCCAGAGAAGAGUUUCUUCGUGUGGCAGCCGGUGAAGGUUUUUUUCCAAGUCACAUGAUCCAGGAUGCAGGGGGAGAAUCCUUCUUGGAACAGAGAUGGGCCCAGAACCGAAUGAGAUGAGGAGAGAUAGGGUGUGCUGUGGGAAGACUAUAUAAGAAUGGACCCACGGCUGCAGCAAGCACUCAACCGAGUGGCCCCUUCUCAAGACACAGCCAUGCAUGUGCCAGAAGGCUCCGUCGCCAGCCACUUGGGAACCACGAGUCGUGGUUACUUCUAUUUCACCACGACCGUGCUGGCUUUGUGUCUCGUCUUUGCUGUGGCAACCAUCAUGGUGUUGGUAGUUCAGAAGAAGGAUUCCAUUCCCAACCCACCUGGAAAAUUCCCCCUUAAAGGAGGAAAUUGCUCAGAAGACAUCUCAUGUAUACUGGAAAAGGCUCCAUUCAAGAAGUCAUGGGCCUACCUCCAAGUGUCAAAGCAUAUAAACAAAUCCAAGUUGUCUUGGAACAAAGAUGGCAUUGUCCAUGGAGUCAGCUAUCAGGAUGGGAAUCUGGUAAUCCAGUUCCCAGGUUACUGUUUUGGUUUGAUCCUGCACCAUUCACAUCCUACUCUGGAUUCUGGAAGGGACCUUGCUUUUUUGAAGCCAGUGACCCUACAACCCUGAGUCUUCAUGCUGGCUGCUCCAGAAAUGCUGGCUGCUUCUCCUCUUGGUCUCUGGCCCCUCUAAGUGGGAAAUCAUGAACUUGAUGACACCAAUCACUGUAUGCCUACUUCCACAUAGCUAAGAAACAUCUCACUCCCCACAACCAGAAUUACCUAGGCCUUUUCAUGACUUAGAAUCUUGGCCCAACUCUUCCUGGUCCCGGAGAGAGAAAGAAGUGUGACCACCCCCAACCCAAAGUGCCAACUCAUUUCCUGCCCAGAAUUAACCACUUCCCAAAACGAGUGACUGUAUGAACAUCAAUUCCCUUCAGGGGAAACCCCCCCCUCCCACUAGGCUGUCACCUUACCUUAUGACCCCAACCUGACAAUCACCCAACAGCCUGACAUUGGUACCCUCCCCAAAGUUUAUGUGACUCAUCCUUACCUACUAUCACCUUGUUGUUCUGGGACAGUUCUUGACACAUGGUAGGCAUUUGAUAUACAUAUUUGUUGAAUAGAUGAAUGAUUGAAUGAAUACCAUAUUAGAUGUCUGCAUAGUACUUUAGAGCUUAUAAAACUAUUCUUUCAACUAACAUGAGAGAAUUAAGCCAUGCACUCAGCUGGUAAGGGGCAGAGCUGGGAUCCCCUGGCAUUAUAAUUUCUUGUCCAGACUAUACUAUAUUUUGAGGUCAGCAAACUAUAGCCUCUGGGGUGUCUGCAUGUUUUUGUGAAUAAAGUUUUAUUGGAACACAGCUGUCUCCUUUCAUUUAUUUACAGUCUAUGGCUGGGCUGCUUUUGUGUUAUGAUGACUAUAAGUUAAGUAAUUGUGCCAGAAUGAAGGACAGCCCCUAUAACUUGCAAAGCCUAAAAUUCUUACUAUUUGGCCCUUUAUAGAAAAUAUUU